GAGCACAAGCAGUCCAGGCGGCGUGUGGUGAUAUAAUAGGCCUGUGCUCUCCACGCCUUUUUUGUGUCUCUCUCCUCCGUCGUCGGCCUACCCCUUCCCCAUCUGCUCUCUCUCUCUCGGCUUCGUUUCAUCCCUGGCUCUUGAUACUCCUCCUAAGGUGAUCCAUCUUUGAAAAAAAAUGGAUGCUUUCUUUAGAAGCUUAAAUGAAGAUUCUUCACCUUUCCAGCAAGACAUUAUCAAGUGCCCAUUUUUGCGCAACAUCAAUGAACCUACCAAUUUUUCCUUCUCAAGCUCCUUGGGUUUUCCAAUGCCUGUCCGGGGAGGAAAAGGUCCAAUCUUUGAGGAUGGACCCAAUUUUAAUAUGGCAUUCAGACUUUUCCAUGGAAAGGAUGGUGUGGUCCCACUCUCGGGAAGAUCAUUCAUGAAGAAUGAAAAGACAGAGCCCGAACCACCACCAACCCAGUUUAAUCCUUUGGCAGCGAAGGCAGCUACAAUAAGCCUGUCAGCUUUUGGACCUGGGUGGCCGUCCUUUGGCGAUUUCUCUAGUAAAGGGAAGAACAAAAAAAAUUCUAAAUCAGAUGGAAAAAGUUCUUCACAGGGGGGAAACUCAAAGCAUGAGGCGCUAAGCAAUGAGUGGUUACAAAGUGGGAGUUGUCCAAUUGCCAAGUCAUACCGUGCCAUGAGUAAGGUCCUUCCACUUGUGGCAAAGGCCAUUCAGCCCCCUCCUGGCGUGCAUCUAAGGUGUCCCCCUGCUAUAGUUGCAGCCAGGGCUGCAAUAUCACGAACAGCAUUUGCAAAGAACCUGAGGCCACAGCCCCUCCCUAUGAAGGUAUUAGUAAUUGGUGUCAUGGGCAUGGCAGCAAAUAUUCCUCUAGGAAUAUGGAGAGAACACACAGAAAAGUUCUCACCUUCCUGGUUUGCAGCUGUCCACGCAGCGGUACCGUUUAUAGGCAUGCUCAGGAAGUCAGUCUUGAUGCCUAAGACAGCCAUGGCAUUCACCAUUGCAGCAUCAAUUCUAGGACAGAUAAUUGGCUCAAGGGCAGAACGAUAUCGACUGAAAGCACUUGUUACUAAAAACGAGGAUCUUACCAAAAGUUCGGCAGAUGUAUCGCUCAGUCAAGCAGCAAUUCCCAGUCGAAAAUCGAUUCUUUCUGGAACUCCAAAUCAUGAACCCAGUCAAGUAGCAAUUGUUAGAGGACAUUGUGGUGAGACUGUUGAUUGGAGCCAGCAGGCUGGAGGAACCUCUUCCCCAGCAAGUGUACUAAGCUAAUCCUAGGCAUCUAAUUCAUGAUCUUUGCCUCAGCCAGGUUGCUGUUUGUUCUUCAUUGUCCAGUUUCUUUCAAUACUGUGCUAAAUAACCAGAACAUGAUGGAAUAAAUAACAGAAUAAAAGGUCACAUUUCUUUGUAGAAUCUUGAGAAAUUUACAAUGAAUUCCUGUUGUAU